AUGUUAGGAUUGAUAUUUUUCAUAUUGCUGUCAAUGUGCAAAAAUCGGAAUUACGCUCUUGAUGUUUCUUCAGCAGCUUCAAAGACUUCUUCGAAAGUUACAUUAACCAGAGGAACCGUCAACGACAUUGUUUCUAGAAAUAUCACAAUGGUUCUCGAGAAUCUUCUAAUGAAUUACGAAAACAAUCAACUACCUACUCACGGAAAGGGAACACCAACUGUGGUAAAAACAAAUAUUUUAAUAAGAAGCAUGGGUCCUGUAUCAGAACUCGAUAUGGAUUAUUCAAUGGAUUGUUAUUUUCGACAAUCUUGGAGAGAUUCUCGUUUGAGCUUUUUAGGCCCAAUAAAAUCUCUCAGUUUAAGCAUCAAAAUGUUGGAAAGAAUUUGGAGGCCAGAUACGUAUUUUUAUAAUGGAAAACAUAGCUAUGUGCAUACCAUUACGGUGCCAAAUAAAUUAUUAAGAAUCUCGCAAGAUGGAGAUAUUCUGUAUUCUAUGAGACUUACUAUAAAAGCAAAAUGUCCAAUGGAACUUCGAAACUUUCCCAUGGAUCGUCAAUCCUGCCCUCUUAUUCUUGGAAGUUAUGCAUAUACGUCCAGUCAAUUAAUUUAUGAAUGGCAGGAGGGCUCUUCGGUUAAUUUUGUUCCUGGAAUGGCUCUUUCACAAUUUGACUUGAUGGGUUCACCAUAUAGAAAUUUAACGUUCGUCCGUCGAGAGGGUGAAUUUUCGGUUCUUCAAGUAUCCUUCAACUUGCAACGACAUACCGGCUAUUUUCUCAUUCAAGUUUACGUACCUUGUGUUCUAAUAGUAGUCCUAAGUUGGGUAUCCUUUUGGAUUCAUCGCGAGGCUACCAGCGAUCGAGUUGGACUAGGUAUUACUACCGUUUUGACAUUGUCAACCAUUAGUCUGGAUUCUAGAACAGACUUACCAAAAGUUAGAUAUGCCACUGCUCUCGAUUGGUUUUUAUUAAUGAGUUUUGGAUAUUGUAUUGCUACGUUAUUAGAAUUUGCUGGUGUACAUUAUUUUACAAAGGUUGGUAGUGGAGAAAUUCCUUUGGAGGAAGAAGAAUGGGAAAACGAGAGUGAAACUGAUUAUCAAGAUGCGUUUUGUAGUAUUGUAUCGUGCAGUCCUCAAAUGGUUCAUCCAGAAACGAUAAUAGAUGUAUCUCGAAGAAGAAGUUCUUUGAUAUGUGACGUUUAUGGUGUUAAUGAAUCGGUUUCUUACGAAAGAGGAUCAAUGACUGUAUCUGUUGCAUCGAAGCCAUCAACAAUGGAAAGACAAACACAAACAGAAAUAUGGAUACCGAAAUGGCGACAAUUUCUUUAUUGUCUUGCUGGUGAUGAAUCAUUCAGGAAGCGCAGACAAAGAGAAGCAGCUGGAAACUGUAGGAAACGUGGCGAAAAAAUUGCAAGACAUAUAAACAGCGUGUCUUACAUCGAUAAAGUUGCACGAAUAGUAUUUCCUGCUUCUUUUGGACUACUCAACGUUUGUUAUUGGCUCAUUUACGUCACCUAUCAAGAAGAAUUUAAAUGGCAAGAUCCUCCACUUGGAUCAAUUUCUCAAUGA